AUGACAUCAAGAUUGACAAGUAGAAGUAGAUCACAUGAUGAUCAUGCAAGUAUAACACUUGCAACUAACAACUCAGAGUUGGAAGACAUUCCUAUUGAACCACUACCUAAUGCUAUAGAUGAAUCAAUGGAACCCACGGGCACUACCCCAUAUUCUCAACAACAGCAAUCAUCAGAACAAACAUUAGAUGGAGACAAUAAGUCAAAAUUUAAAGAUAUGUUUAAGAUGACAAUUGUAUUAGACAAUAAUGGAUCUGUAGCUCGAGAUCAUAAAGCAGAUUUAGUUCAACGUUUAGAAGAAUCUGAUAGCCAGCAACAACACUCAGAAACCAUUGAAGCUCCAAUUGAAGAGCAAGAGGAAGUAGCACAACAACAACAAGAAGUCAAUGAAGAAGUACAACCAGAAAUAGUCAACGAAACCCACGAAGAAGAAGGAGAAGGUAAAACAUUAACUGUAAUUCAACCGGAAGAAGAAAAACCAGAACCACCAAAAAUUCUUUCACCAGAAGAAAGAAAACAAUUAGCAGUUGAAUUAUUACGUAAGAAGGUUUCAAGAGCUGAAAAAUUUGGAGAUGAAGCAGCUGCUGAAGCUGCCAAAAAGGAUUUAAUUAGGGUUGAGAAAUUUGGGGUUGAAUUAGGAACUGCUUUAGCUAGAGAAAUUGGAUUAGUUGAUCAAGGAUUAGGUAAUGGACAUCAUAAUAAAAAGAGAUUUAAUCAUAGAAAGAAUUUUAAAAAAGGGGGGUUUAAGAAAUUCAAUAAAAAGAAUCGUAAUUAA